AUGAAACAUAUACUAGUAUACUUACUAGUACCUCUCAAUGUGACACGCUAUCUUUUCUGAAUCAUCCAAUCAAUCCCAUGCAAAAAUUCCUUGUUUUGUUUCAUACACAAAACCAAAGAAUAUUACUUACUGCAUUUCAAACAAAACAAGAUUUUUGCAUUUGAUUUAAUGAAUGAAUAGUACUUUUCAAUGAAAAGGCAAAUACCAUCCUUAGUAUAACAGAAGAAAUUCAAGAGUAACGCGUUGAUGAGGCAUUAUUCUUAUUCAUGGGUUGUGUGUUUGUGAAGCAAGGUGUGUCUGUGACACCUGCCGUUGACCAUUCAGUUGACUUACAGAGGAAUAAUAGUGUAAAGAAGAAGAAUAAGAAGAAGAAUACCGAGUCAUUUGGAGUGAGUUGGAGCGAGGUAGGUGACUCAGGAAGAACAAGUUUGAAUGGUGAAGGUGGGUCAUUGAGUUUCAGGUUAGGGAAUCUUAGUAAGUAUGUGGAGGGAGAACAAGCCGCGGCUGGUUGGCCGGUUUGGCUUAGCGCGGUUGCUUCCGAAGCUAUUCAUGGUUGGGUUCCUCUCCGUUCUGAUGCAUUUGAAAAACUUGACAAGAUUGGGCAGGGUACAUAUAGUAGUGUUUUCCGAGCGAAGGAGAUUGAGACAGGGAAGAUAGUGGCAUUAAAGAAGGUUAGAUUUGACAAUUUUGAGCCAGAAAGUGUGAGGUUUAUGGCAAGGGAAAUUAUGAUUCUUAGAAGGCUUGAUCAUCCUAAUAUCAUUAAACUAGAAGGAUUGAUUACUUCAAGAUUGUCUUGUAGCAUCUACCUUGUAUUUGAGUACAUGGAGCAUGAUGUCACAGGGCUCUUGUCUAAACCAGAAAUCAGCUUUACUGAAUCACAGAUUAAGUGUUACAUGAAACAAUUGUUAUCUGGUCUUGAGCACUGUCAUUCAAGGGGUGUAAUGCACCGUGACAUCAAAGGAUCAAAUCUUCUGGUGAAUAAUGAAGGGAUAUUAAAGGUAGCAGAUUUUGGAUUGGCAAAUUUCACUAAUUCUGGGAAGAAGCAGCCUCUCACUAGUCGCGUUGUCACCUUAUGGUACCGUCCUCCAGAACUUUUGCUUGGUUCAACAGAUUAUGGUCCAUCUGUGGAUCUUUGGAGUGUUGGUUGCGUGUUUGCAGAGCUAUUAGUUGGGAAGCCUAUACUUAAGGGAAGAACAGAGGUUGAACAAUUGCAUAAAAUUUUCAAGCUUUGCGGCUCUCCACCCGAUGAAUACUGGAAAAAGACCAGACUGCCUCACGCAACUUUGUUCAAGCCACAGCAACCAUAUGAUAGUUGCCUAAGAGAAACAUUUAAAGAUUUUUCUGCAACCAGUGUAAACCUGUUACAAAAUCUUCUUUCUAUUGAACCAAACAAACGUGGAACUGCCUCAUCUGCUCUCUCAUUGGAGUAUUUCAAAACAAAACCUUAUGCAUGUGAUCCAUCAAGCUUACCGGUAUACCCACCUAGCAAAGAGAUCGAUGCAAAACACGAGGAAGAGACAAAAAGGAAAAAGAUCGCUGGGCGAGUUUGUGGACCUGAAAAAAGAAGAACAUCAAGAAAGCCAGUAGGACUGAGUAAAUUACCUCUAGCAGAGGAUUUGACAAGUCGAGUUCAAACUUCACUAAACAUGGAUGAUAGAUCUGUCAACGUCCUUAAAGAAGAGAACACUAACAUAGGUGAAAUGGCACCAAAGCCAACCGCUGGUAAACCAGAAGAUGCUUCCCAUAAAAAGGAUGCAUCUCAAGUAGAUAUUCCCUUUCAUGGACCGUUACAAGUUUCAAAAUCAAGUGGAUUUGCAUGGGCAAAAAGGCGUAAAGAUGACGCUGCUUCAAUUAGAUCCCACACUCGAUCUAUUUCUAAAGGACAUAUAUUUAGUUCAUUAGAAACUUCUACACUAAAUUCAAAUAACAUUUCUGAUAAUAUAAACAACGAAAAUAAGGAAGUUUUUGGGGGACGCAACAGCUCCAGAGGUCAUGAUCUAUUUGAAAUUUCUAAACUAGUGAUGCAAAAUCAAUGGAGUAAGUUUGAACGUCCAGAUUCCUUUGAUACUUCUGAAGAGUACCACUCACAAGAACUGUCUAUGAUGCUUUAUCAUAGAGAAGAUUCAAUGUCCAAGAGAAGUAACAGGAGUUAUCAGGAUCAAGGAGAGAAGGUGGAAUUUUCAGGGCCAAUAAUAUCUCAAAUGCAUACAGUUGACGAGCUCUUAGAAAGACAUGAGCGCCACAUUCGACAUACAGUCCGAAGAUCAUGGUUUCAGAGAGGUAAGAAGCAUGGGAAUUAAAGCAACAGGAAAUGUACUAUUUUAUUCCCUUUAGAUAUGGGAUCAAAUUGUCCUUGUGAGAGGGCCACCCCUCAAGCUCAGCUCAGUGCUGUGAUUAUGAACAAAGGAACAUCAGGAUGUACAGUGUAUAGCAGCAUGAGUUUUUACCUAAGAGCUUUCAAACAUCAAUCUGAGCAUUAGCAAUGUGGUCCAUCCAGCUUUCAUUUUUCACAGAUAGUUUAAGCUUCAAACGAAUCAGAUUUAGUAAUUUAUUAAUCAAGGAGAGUAACAUAGUGCUGAAAAGGAGCCCAGUUUUGUUGUAUUCCACUAAUCCUCAAAUUCUAAUGCUAUUUCAGAAUCUCUUGUUUCACAAAAAAAGAAAGCUAUUAUAAUUAAAUGAAGGGAAAAAUAUCAAUACAUGGUUACAACAUAUAUACAACUUUA